AUGGGAAAUCAUUCGGAUGUGACUGAGUUCAUUCUGUCAAGACUGACAGCUCGUCCGGAGCUGCAGGUCCCCCUCUUUGUAGUAUUCCUACUGAUUUAUGGUAUCAACCUGCUGGGGAUUGGGGCGAUGAUCUUGUUAAUCACAAUUGAUCCCCGACUCCACACCCCCAUGUACUUUUUCCUCAGGAAUUUGUCUUUCUGUGACCUCUGCCUUUCCUUGAUAAUUUCCCCUCAGAUGCUGCUGAAUUUCUUAGCCGAGAGGAAAAGUAUUUCUUACACAGCCUGCACUGUGCAAAUGUAUCUCUCUAUCAUUUUUUCAGAUAUUGAGUGCCUCUUGCUAGCUGUGAUGGCAUAUGACCAUUAUGUGGCCAUCUGUAACCCUCUGCUCUAUACGGUCACCGUGUCCAGACAUCUUUGCAAACAGCUGGUGGCUGCUGUGUACGCUGUGGGGGUGGUGGAUUCAGUGAUACACACGUGUUUUACAUUUCGGCGGUCAUUCUGCAGCUCCAUCAUCAUCAAUCAUUUCUUCUGUGACGUCCUCCCACUGUUGGUGCUCUCCUGUUCUGACACCCACAUCAAAGAGAUUGUGAUCUUUGCUUCCAUGAGCUCCACUCAAGUGAUCAGCUUUGUGAGUGUCCUCCUCUCCUAUGUAAAUAGCAUCUCCGCCAUCCUACAGAUCCACUCUCCCGAGGGCCGCCACAAAGCCUUCUCCACCUGCACUUUCCACUUGACCUCUGUGGUCCUGUAUUUUGGCACCCUCUUCUUCAAGUAUUUACGUCCCACCUCCAUCUAUUCCAUGGACCCAGACAAAGUGACCUCAGUGUUUUACACGCUAUUGAUCCCCAUGUUGAACCCGCUCAUCUACAGCCUGAGGAACAUGGAGGUGAAGGAUGCCCUGAGGAAAGCAAUGAAUAAACUCCUAACCAAUUCUUGA